AUGGCUCCGGUUGGUCCACGUUCCGGUGAUGCCAUCUUCUCCAGCAUCGAUCGCGUGAAUGCAGAGUUAUUCACAUUGACGUAUGGUGCAAUCGUGCGUCAAUUGCUUACUGACCUCGAAGAUGUCGAGGAAGUCAACAAACAGCUUGAUCAAAUGGGAUACAACAUUGGUAUCCGACUUAUCGAUGAGUUUCUUGCCAAAUCUGGUGUUUCAAGAUGCGUUGAUUUCAAGGAAACCGCUGAAAUGAUUGCCAAGGUGGGUUUCAAGAUGUUUUUGGGGGUCACUGCAUCAGUGUCAAGCUGGGACGCGGAAGGGACUUGCUGCAGUAUAAUCUUGGAGGACAAUCCCCUCGUUGAUUUCGUGGAGCUUCCCGAUACUUGUCAAGGUCUUUACUACUGCAACGUCUUGAGUGGAGUUAUAAGAGGCGCUUUGGAAAUGGUGUCAAUGAAGGCAGAAGUGACGUGGACGCGUGAUGCUCUUCGUGGGGAUGAUGCUUAUGAGUUGCAGGUGAAGCUACUGAAGCAAGUCGCUGAGGAGUAUCCGUACAAGGAUGAUGAAUAA